AUGAAGGGGCUUGUGGAAACCAUUCGGGAGCCAGAACGCUCAUCCACAAAGUCGUCCGUGCAGGGUACUAUUGGCCAACUUUCUAAGCGGAUGCAAAAGCUUAUGUCAAGGCAUGUGACAAAUGCCAACGAUUCAGCAAUAUCCCCAGGAAUUGACUACUUCACGAAGUGGGUGGAAGCAGAACCAUUGGCAAGCAUUACCCAGCAGAAUGUAAAGAACUUCGUCUGGAAAAAUAUAUUAUGCAGGACGACAGUGAGGACCCCUACAGGGGAAACCCCUUUUAACCUAGCCUAUGGGAGCGAAGCAGUUAUACCUGCGGAAGUGCACAUGGCCACUCAUAGGGUGACAUCAUAUCAUGGCAAGGAUAAUGAGGAGCAACUCCGUCUGAACCUCGAUCUUAUAGACGAGGUGAGGACAGAAGCAGAGCACAAAGCAGCGAAGUACAAGAACCUCAUGGCUAGGCAAUAUGAUGCAAUGGUGAAACCAAGGCGCUUUAACAUAGGAGAUCUCAUCCUGAGAAAGGUCUCCUUGGCAACCAAAAAUCCAGCUCAUGGGAAACUAAGCCCCAAUUGGGAGGGACUCUACAGAGUCAUCAACUUUAAAAGGCAAGGAUCCUAUUAUUUGGAGGCCCUGGAGGGGAGAAAGCUAGAACAUCCUUGGAACGUGGAGCACCUGAGGAAGUACUACCAGUAA